AAUCAAGAAGAUCUACAUGGUGUGCCGCCCCCACCGCUCCAAAGGCUUCCUGUAGAGCGUGGUUGAUAGCAUUCCGAUAGUGCACUUGCUCAAGAGCAGAAGGAGGUUCGGUCGUUCUAUGAAUGAUACUGCCAAGGGAAGCCAGCCACGGUAAUCUUUGACGAUUGUCGCGGUGGAGGUUUCGAUGGUGAGGAGUCUUUGAGAGAAGAUGUCGAGCGAGUCUCGUCCUGCGGGUCCUCCCUUUUUCGUUUCCGCUGAUCUUCUCCCAUUGAGAUCGACAAGCCUGAAGGAUCGUUUCGGCAAACUCGUCUACGCGUCAUGUCAUUGGCAUGCACUGAAAUGGACAGAAAAACUCUUUAACACUAGUGGAUUUGACAGCAUUUUGAACAAAAGAGGUGAUGCCAUUUGGUGAAUGGAGUGAUGCGUGGGCGUGGGGUGAACAAUGAACUGGAAUGGCGCAUCCGCGACUGGCUUCAAAUGAAUGCUGCAUCCGGAUGGACAUUACAUGGACAGGUUCAUACAUCGUGGGGGCCUUUUUCUCAAUGUGCGAGCUGUUGUCCUGACUUACAAAUAGCUUGACGACAUUUGCAUCGUCAAGGCACACUUGCGAAUUCUUAUUGGCCUGCAGACAGAUUAAGGCCCUUUUGAGCCCACGACAACACAUUUUCUUCUCGUUAACGCCCACCCGUCUUGACUGCUGUGACCCCCAUGCAUGUUUAUUGGCAUCUCCUCUCCGAAAUGCUCAAAAAGACGAAUGCCAUCGUCCUCGCAAUGACCAAAACGAACGCGUUUCCCUUCAAGCGCGUCCAUCCCGCGUUUUUACACGUGUGUUGAUGAUGGUCUUUCCUGGUGCCUCUCGUUUGAAAAGGUCCGAAGGGACAGCUGCAGGGGUCACUUGCAAAAAAAAAAGGGAUAACAAGGGCUUUGCAGGCAUACUUGCAGCCUUUCGCCCCGUUUUGAAGAACGCAGAUUAGCCUGCCAUCAGACGGAACACAGCAGUCAUGUUACCCUCUGUUCUCACACGCACACUUACUCCUACGUCCUCACCUCCGCGUGCCUCCAAUACCACUCCUCGAACCGUUGGCGUGAGCGACAUGUCUUCGCAGCACACAGACCAAGCCUGGCUGGAAGACGCUGGUAUACGCCUCGUUCAAGGCGCCGUUACAGUGAACUCCAGGGUGUUUUCCUUUGUUAGAGAGUUUCAGUCACAAAUGUACCGAGAAGUGGAAGUGGCGGAGAGUGCCUCAAGAGUUAGAAUGGAGAAAGAAGGUCCGCGGGGCGAUGACCAUGUGCCGGAGACUGCCGAACAGGGCGUCGACGGAAGCAAAGGGACAAAGAAGAGAGAAGCAUUAAACGGAGCGGAGCUCCUGACUCUGAUAUCCCACACGAUCACAAAUGUCUUUGUUACUCUGGCCAUUCUCCUCAAACAGUCUCCCAUUCCCUCGACCCUCACACAGAUCUUGGACCACACUCUAGAUUUCUUGCGCAUUCUAGACGCGGAAUACGCAAUUCAGCAAAAGCUGGUGGUAUGGGGACAGGCUCUUGUGAGAUUUCAGGUCUGGAUUAGUGGAGUGUUUGCGAUGGCGGUGCUACGGGCAGUUGUUGCAUAUCAAAAGACGCCGCCCUAUCAACGUCCCCAGUCGCGCGAACCUGUCCCGAUUUCACCUUCCGAUUCCCCCCAACCAACACCAGAACCACUUCCGCCGUCACCAACCAUCCAACCCACCACCACCGCUGUUGCCUUGCGGACACGUCUUAGUAACUUGAUUGACCUCUCGCUUGCACCUUCCCCUACCCAAACCAUCAAGCUGUCUGUAGGCGGGAUACCCUUCACCACAACCCGCGCGACACUCUGCGCUGACCCUGAGUCGCUAUUAGCGCAACUAUUCGGGAACAGCUCAAAGGGCAGGAUCAAGUGCAGCAUGACGGAUGGAGCAUACUUUAUCGACAGGGAUGGGACACAAUUCAGGCAUAUCUUGAAUUGGCUGCGCGGCGUUGACACUAUAACUCAAAUUGAGGACAAGCAAUCCCUUCGUGAAUUGCAAACCGAAGGAGAGUAUUACGAGAUCCGAAGUCUAGUAGAACUUAUAUCGGACCUUCUAGUCGCAGACGAACAGAACCAGCAACAUGAUGCCUCAUCGUCUUCAAUCAUGAAGGCUGGUAAGGCUGGGCUGGAGAAAACAAGGACCAAGAUGAGGAGUUACCUGCCUUCGUCCAUUCAAACGUUGUUGUGAAGCAUGGAUGUGGCACACAAUUUGAUAUUCGAGACUACCAUGGCUGUUGAAUAAACAGACACACACAUUUAUAUAUAUAUAUUGAUAUUGAUAGUAUUAUGGCCUAAAUGCGGUGAUAUAUCUUUGAAAAGCGAAAGCAAUAUACAUCCUCACAUGAAGCUUUUUGAGGUCUACCGAUUACACGUA